AUGGGGCGGGUCAAGGGCCGGUCUCUUGCCGGGUUGGUGGUGGAUUGGCGGUGCCUAAGGAGUCGAGGACCAAGGGCCUCGGAAAGGAAAGGGGGGUUGGCUCGUCUGAGAGUGCACGACGAUCGCCCGAGCGGCGGAACCACAAGGACUCUUGGCCGUGACGCGUCGGGAGGCGGUUGGGUUGGGCUGAUUGCCAGGUAUCACCACGAGUGCACUGGCGUCGUGGUCGUGGGCCGGUGCAGAGACGAAAUAGAUGAGAAGGGUUGGCGAAGGCAAAUCGCUUCCGAUCUGCGGGAGUCGGCUGAAGUAGAGCGACUACAGAUGUUUCGUGCUCGGCUGGCCAGUCGUCGGGGGUGUCUAUCAGCGGGGCAGCCCAGUGCGUGCGGCUGCGAGUUGAUCAAGAAGGCUGCUCGAUUGAAGCAGAAGCGAGUGGGCGAAUGUUUGGGCGGCAAUCUGUGUGUGUAUCGGGACAGUCCGGGUACGAGCAGGGAACAGGCCGAGAGUCACGUUGAGAGUAGAUCUGAAGGACAAGCGGUGGGCUCGGGAGCCUACAGCGAGAAGGCGGACCAAGAGGUACUAGGUAGGGAUUUCGAAGUUGGGGUUCGGAUGCGCGUGUGCGGGUUCUGGCAGGCGAGAAUCAGGGGUGCGUGCGUGCGAUUGAUACUGGGUGAGCAAUAUGCAGCCGUAAGUCGGUGUUGGGCGAGUUGCUGA